GUAGAAAAUGUUGAUGAAAGUUUUAUUUAAUUCACCUUGUCCGAAGCGAACAGACGUUUACGCCCAUGUCUGCGGUAAUGAAAACUCUCGUAAUUGUGGUUACCUUGCUGGUGACUCUCUCUGAGGCAGGAUCGAUAGCUCGCGCAGAAGUGAAUCCUGUCGAUGUCGUUUUUCAGCUGUUUACUCGUGCAAACCCAACCCGAGCACAGCUUCUUUACUUGAAUGAUGAUGCCGUACUCGGACAGUCGUAUUACAACCACAGCCUGCCAACGAAGCUUAUCGCUCACGGUCAUUACGGCUCUCCUACAUUAGCUUACUCCAUGAGAGAUGCUUAUUUGGAGAAAGAAGAUUGCAAUGUCAUUUCGGUUGAUUGGUCGGUGCUCGCUGCCGGGGAAUACGUCAUGGUUGCGCAGAAUGGCGUUCCCACUGCUGGAUUGACGACGGGGGAAUUCGUGAACUAUCUGAUCAUAAAAGGAACGCCAUUAAAUGCCUUCCACCUGAUUGGCUUCGACAUGGGAGCCCAUGCGGUUGGUAAUGCUGGCGCUGCGGUGACUUCCGGCAAAGUCCCAAGAAUCACUGGUUUAGAUCCGAUUGAAGCAUAUUUUUCGCUCGAAUACGUUGAUGCACGUCUCGAUACGAACGACGCAUUAUUCGUCGAUAUCAUCCACACCCAAGUCACAUAUUCCAUUCCUAUCGGACAUGUCGAUUUUUUCCCGAAUGCUGGACUGGUUCAACCGGGUUGCCCCGACCCGGACACUACCUGUUGCAGUCAUUGUCGUGUGAUCGAUUUGUUUGCAGAAUCAAUUAGCAAUCCAACUGGUUUCGACUCUUUACGUUGCAGCUCUUGGGAAAAUUACGUGGACGGUUCUUGUGCUUCCAACAACCAUGCAUUCAUGGGCGAAAAUGUUAAUGUCAACGCUCGUGGAUCGUUUUACCUUAUCACAAAUGGACAAUCCCCGUACUCCCAAGCUUGACUCUGACCCCUACUGACGUUACGACUAUUCGGUUUAACGACAUAUUACUUCUUCGAGAAUUCAACUGUAAUGUAGUAUUUUGUUCAAAUUAAAUUCAAGUCUUUAUGAGCAUUUA